AUGAAUCGCGGAGUUUGGACUCGUUGGCUCCUUGGACUUGGGAAGCCCCUGAAGGUGAGUGGAGAUUGGAGUUCGUGGAGUCGUGGCGGGGAGUCACGACGAACUGGUGGAUGUUUGGAUGGGAAGUUCCGUCGGGAUUUCGAGAUUGCAUUCCUCUCCAUCGGUUCCUUCUUUGUUGUCGAUGUUCUUUUAGCAAUUGUGGAAGAUAUGCUGAAAGGCGCCAUUCAAGUUCUGUCUUUUACCUUUGCUGAAAUUUUGAAUCGUGUCGUGGCAGGACAGUCGGCGGUUGGAACACGCUUUCAACGUUGCGCCGACUCAGGCAGUAACAGGCGCCAUCACGACGCUUGA